CCACCGGAAAAUCUGCACAAUUUGGCCUUCACCCAUGACUACCCUCAGCAAUGGAAGGCCCAACUCCUGUAUCAGCCCUACUGCACUCAAGUACAAUAGUUGUAGCAGGAAUAUUUCUACUAAUCCGAUUCCACCCCCUAAUAGAACAUAACAAAAUAAUACAAACCAUCACACUAUGCUUAGGAGCAAUUACAACCCUAUUUACAGCAAUUUGUGCUUUAACACAAAAUGACAUCAAAAAAAUUGUUGCUUUCUCCACUUCAAGCCAACUCGGACUAAUAAUUGUAACCAUCGGCAUCAACCAACCCUACCUAGCAUUUCUCCAUAUCUGCACUCACGCAUUCUUCAAAGCCAUACUAUUCAUAUGCUCUGGAUCAAUCAUUCACAGCUUAAAUGAUGAACAAGACAUUCAAAAAAUAGGAGGACUAUUCAAAGCAUUAGCAUUCACCAUCACCUCCCUAGUUGUCGGAAGCCUAGCACUCACAGGAAUACCUUUCCUAACAGGAUUCUAUUCCAAAGACCUAAUCAUCGAGACCGCCAACACGUCGUAUACCAACGCCUGAGGCCUUCUAAUAACCCUCGUUGCCACCUCCAUAACGGCCGCCUACAGCACUCAAAUUAUAUUCUUCACGCUAUUAGGACAACCCCGCUUCAACCCUAUCAUUACAAUCAACGAGAAUAAUCCACUCCUAAUCAAUUCCAUUAAACGUCUCUUAUUCAGGAGUAUCUUUGCAGGAUUCUUAAUCUCCUACAAUAUUACACCCACCACCACCCCACAGAUAACUAUGCCUCAUUAUCUUAAAAUAAUAGCUCUUACCGUAACUAUCCUAGGUUUCAUCCUGGCACUAGAACUUAACCUCAUAAUGCAGAGCCUAAAAUUCAAAUACCCCUCGAGCCUAUUCAAAUUCUCAAACAUGCUGGGUAAUUUCCCCACCAUUAUUCACCGCCUAAUACCCAAAACAAAUCUACUAGUAAGCCAAAAAUCAGCAUCAGCAAUACUAGAUAUAAUUUGACUAGAAAAAAUUUUACCAAAAUCCAUCUCCCACUUCUAAAUAAAAUCUUCAAUUACCAUCUCAAGCCAAAAAGGUCUAAUCAAACUAUAUUUUAUAUCAUUCAUGUUAACCCUGGCCCUCAGCCUACUAGCACUUAAUUUCCACGAGUAACC